AUGGGUGAGAGUGUGACAUACGCCGACCUGCAGUUCUCCAGGGCCCCCCCGGGAUGGAGCGCACCCCCCCGCACACAGGGGGCAGCACCUCCAGCCCCACAUGAGGCUGACAGCACCUACGAGAACCUGCAUCUGGGCCCUUUGGGCGCGGGGCCGGCCGGGAGCGGGGCCCAGCAGCACAGAGAUCCCCGAUGGAGGGCGCGGCCCCUGCUCCUGGGCCUGCUGGCAGCCUGCCUGGCCCUGCUGGUCACCACCAUCGCCCUGGGGGUCUGCUACGGGCAGCAGGGGCAGCGGCUGCAGCAGGCAUCCCGCGCCCACGCGGCCGAGCGCCACGGCCUGUGGCAGCAGACAGGUGCCCAGGAGCAGCAGCUGGGGCAGGCGCAUGCGGUGCUGGCACGGGCCCAGGAGGAGCUGGCACAAACCCGAGUGGAGCUGGCACAGGAGCAGGAGAAGGGGACCCAUAGCCAGAAGGAGCUGCAGGAGACCAAGACGGUGCUGCGGGAGACCAAGGUGGACCUGGAGCGGGCGCAGGAGCAGGUCAGAAACCUGCAGCAGCAGCUGGAUGAGACUGCGAGAGCCCUGGCCAGUUCCCGGCCCUGCCAGGUCACAGACUGCUGCCCGGAGACCUGGGUGCUGCACCGUGGGAAGUGCCUGUUCCUCUCCAAAGAGGAGCAAUCCUGGGAGCAAAGCAAACAGAGAUGUGAACAGGAAUCCUCCCAGCUCCUCAUCCUCCUGGACCAGGACCGAGACUGGGACCGGGACCGGAACCAGCACUGGGACCAGACAAAGAUGCCGAGCUUCUUAACCAACACAGAUGCCUCGUACUGGAUUGGGCUCUGGAAGAACAAGGGCCGGUGGACGUGGAUCAAUAAGACUCCGUACCCAAACAGUUGGAAACUUAAAGGAUCUAGUAAUUAUGGAGUAAUUAGAAGGGGCAGUAUAGAAACCUCAUACCGUUACAAGCACCACUGGGUAUGUGAGAAGCCGGCUAGCCGCCCACGGGAAGGCACAGAGGCUGUCCUCGCGGUGUGAAGAAAGGAGGCCCUCUCCCGCCGCUCCAGCACGGCCGCGCCUGGCGCGCUUCUCUCCCUGCUCCCUGCACGCAGCACUGCCUGCUCUCCGGCCCUGCCCCAGCCUGGCUGCCCUUGCCCCGCCACCCCCCCCUCCAGCACCUUCAUCCUGCCCGUCGUCCUGCAGCCCAGACCCACGCGGGCUUCCUCGUGCAGCUGCAGCGCACUGCAGACUCCUCCAGGGUCUGGCACUUCCCGAGACGCCCAGGUCCUUCUCCGCCGCGCUGCCCCCAGCUGCGUCUCAUCCACUCUGUGCCUGUGCCCAUGAUCCUUCCUCCCGAGGACAGCGCCGUGCAUGUUUCCAUACUGACCUGCAUCCUGUCAUCUCCAGCCCGGCUUUCCAGUCUGUCAAGAUCCAUCUGUGCUGCGCUGACGUCCUCCAGCGUGUUCACAGCCCUUCCCAGUGUCGUGUCAGAGCCGGGGCCAUGGAUGGACACGUCGAGCAGCCCCGGGCCCCA